UUCGUUCGCGUGCGGCGCCUGCCGCCUGCCGCCUGCCUGCAUCGACCAUCCUGACCAGCCGCUCCGCCGUCGCCGCCGCCCGCUGGCACGAGGAAGAGAGGGAGAGAUGAGAAGCAGCGAGGCCAUGGAGCUCCUUGGCUUCCCUCCGUACUCCCGCCCAUCCCCUUCCGAGGUUAAGUCUGCGUAUAGGAGAAUGGUGAUGGAGUCCCAUCCCGAUCGUGUGCCAAACCAUCAGAAGUCUCAGGCCGAGUCGAAAUUCAAGCAGAUAUCAGAAGCAUAUUCUUGUUUGAAGGAUGGUCGAAGACCCAGGAGUAGGAUGGAAGUGCAUGUAAUGAGGUCUGGUGUUCCGACCGGAUACGGAAGAUCAAAUAGAACGUUGGUUAAAGCCCCUUUCCUGCUCAUAAUAGUUGCUGCGGUUUCCUUUGGUUCUUACAGUGCUUCUAGGGCAUACAAGCGGCAAAAGGAAGUUUGUUCCUCGCAAAACCCUUUUCUUCCAUAGUUGAAGACCAUUGUACUAUGUACUAUGUGUCCAUAUUCAUAAGCAAGAAGAGGGGAAUUUCAUGCUGUAAUUUUUUGAGGAAAAACGGUGGGGCAAAGACCCCACUGAUUUCAUGUUACAUUGUACAGAUGAAACAGAACGGAGUGCUGAAUAAAAGUGUCCACCACUCUUUGUGUAUGUGUUAAGGAGUGUGUCUGAUC